GAGAUGAACUGACAAAGAUACAGGAGGCUCUUCACAUAGAGAGAGACCAACUGAAAGAAACCUUAAGAGACCUCAGAGCUAAGGAUCUGGAAACACAAGAACUGAGAAUUGUCCAGAUAGGUCUGAAGGAAUACCAAGAAAGAGUUGAUAAACUGAAAGAAUGCACAGCAGAGAAAGAUUUAGAGAAAACCAACGUUGAACUGCAAGAAAAGAUUCAAGAACUUCAGGCAAAACAAGAACAGAUGUUUAAUGUCAGAGAGGAAGACAGUGAGACUCGGGAAAAAAUAAAGGAAAUGGAACAAUUAAAAGAGCAAUUAAUGUCCAGAGAGUCUGCUCUGGAGAAGAUCAAUUUGGAAAACCUGGAAUUGGCUCAGAAACUCCAAGCCAGUCUUGAAGAAACCACGUCUGUGGCUGAGGAGAGAGAUGAACUGACAAAGAUACAGGAGGCUCUUCACAUAGAGAGAGACCAACUGAAAGAAACUAUUAGGGACCUCAGAGCUAAGGUCCUGGAAAUACAAGAAGAACUGAGAAUUGCUCAGAUAGGUCUGAAAGAACACCAAGAAACAGUUGAUAAACUGAAAGAAUGCAUUUCAGAGAAAGAAGAUUUAGAGAAAACUAGUGCUGAACUGCAAGAAAAGAUUCGAGAACUUCAGACAAAUCAAGGACAAAUGUUUAGUGUCAGAGAGGAAGUCAAUAAAACUCAAGAAAAAAUAAAGGAAAUGGAACAAUUAAAAGAGCAAUUAAUGUCCAGAGAGUCUGCUCUGGAGAGGAUCAAUUUGGAAAACCUGGAAUUGGCUCAGAAACUCCAAGCCAGUCUUGAAGAAACCACUUCUGUAGCUAAGGAGAGAGAUGAACUGACAAAGAUACAGGAGGCUCUUCACAUAGAGAGAGACCAACUGAAAGAAACUAUAAGGGACAUCAGAGCUAAGGAUCUGGAAACACAAGAAGAACUUAGAAUUGCUCAGAUAGGUCUGAAGGAGCAUCAAGAAACAAUUGACAAGCAGAAAGAAGAUUUAGAGAAAACCAGUGCUGAACUGCAAGAAAAGAUUCGAGAACUUCAGACAAAUCAAGAACAAAUGUUUAGUGUCAGAGAGGAAGUCAAUAAAACUCAAGAAAAAAUAAAGGAAAUGGAAAAAUUAAAAGAGCAGUUAAUGUCCAGAGAGUCUGCUUUGAAGAAGAUCAAUUUGGAAAACCUGGAAUUGGCUCAGAAACUCCAAGCCAGUCUUGAAGAAACCAAAUCUGUGGCUGAGGAGAGGGAUGAACUGACAAAGACACUGACGACUCUUCACAAAGAGAAGGACCAACUUAAAGAAACUAUAAGGGACCUCCUAGCUAAGGAUAUGGAAACACUAGAAGAACUCAAAAUUGCUCAGAUGUGUCUGAAGGAGAACAAAGACAUGAUUGAUAAACUGAAAGAAUGCAUGUCAGAGAAAGAAGAUUCAGAGAAAACCAGUGCCAAGUUCCCAGAAAAGAUUCAAGAACAUCCGGCAAAACAAGAACAUAUAUUUAAUGUCAGAGAGGAAGACAGUGAAACUCAAGAAAAAAUAAAGGAAAUGGAACAAUUAAAGGAGCAAUUAAUAUCCAAAGAGUCUGCCCUGGAGAGAAUCAAUUUGGAAAACCUGGAGUUGGCUCAGAAACUCCAAGCCAGUCUUGAAGAAACCACAUCUGUGACUGAGGAGAGAGAUGAACUGACAAAGACACUGAUGACUCUCCAGGAGGAGAGCCAUCAACUGAAACAAAACAUAAGAGAACUUGAAGCCAAGGGUCUGGAAACACAAGAAGAACUCAGAAUUGCUCAGAUGGGUCUGAAGGA